AUGACAGUUGAGAUCAAAGCUUUAGAAUCUAAUAACACAUGGACCUUGGUUCCCCUUCCAGCUGAAAAACAAUGCAUUGGCUGUAGAUGGGUGUAUAAGGUGAAAUUCAAACCUAAUGGCACUGUGGAUCACCACAAAGCCAGAUUGUUAAAGAAUGACUAUUAUCUCUUUACCAUUGACAAAGGUGCUUCCUUGGUUAUCUUGUUAGUAUAUGUAGACGAUAUUCUACUUGUUGGCCUAAGUGUUGCAUGUGUUCAUUCUAUUCAGGCCAAACUUCAAGCUCUGUUCAAACUAAAGAUCCAUGGUCCCUUAAAGUACUUUUUGGGACUAGAAAUUGCAAAUUCCAGCAAGGGCAUUGUACUGACACAACAAAAAUAUGCUUUUUCCCUAUUAGAAGAUACUGGCUUCCUUGGCUGCAAACCAUCUUCUCUUCCAAUGGAUCCAAAUUUAAAGCUCAACAUGCUCAAUGGUGAGUUACUAACUGAUCCCUCAAUGUACAGGCGUUUACUUGGUCGCCUAAUGUAUCUAACUAUUUCAAGGCCAGAUAUUACAUUUGUUGUUAACAAACUGAGUCAGUACAUUCAGAAUCCAAGGACACCUCAUCUAGAUGUUGUGCAUCAUCUCCUCCAAUACAUCAAAGGUACUCUAGGUCAGGGUCUUCAUUUUCAGCCGAAUAAUUACUUCAAUUUGUCUGCCUAUGCAGAUGCUAAUUGA